CCAGCCGUCAUUAGCGCGUCGGGACCGGCGGUCGUCUGUUGGUCCGGUCUGCCCGUGACCGUCGUCUGUUCUGUCCGUUCGACCCGCCCGUGGUCUCAGCAUGCGCGCCGCGGCGCUCGCCUGCUGCCUGCUGGCGUCCCUGGCCGCUGUGGCGCUGGGCGCUGCCGUGCCUGCCUGGAGCGACUCUGUGCAGCACGAGUAUGACCAGCUGGUGGCCGAGGCCGGUCGGGAACGCUGGCAGAGGCAGCACGGCGCACAGCCGGGAGAGGCCGAGCUGCGUCUGGCCACGCUGUCGGCGGCGUUGCUGACCCGACUGAAGGAGCAGCCCCACAACUGGGAGACGGUCCAGAGGCGACUGCAGCUGCAGCGUAACGCCGCCACGAUGAACCUGGGCAAGGUGGAGCUGGACGGUAUGCUGAGUGUGGACGGUGAGCUGCGCCAACAGAAGGUCUACGACGCCCUGCGGGAGUACCUGACGGCCCAGGGCGCCAUGGCCACUGCUCUCGGUAUGGAGUCGGCCUCCCAGCUGUGGUGGGCGCCGUUCACCACCGGCUCGGGUGAGGCCCGCUCGGAGCUGCAGACCCUGUGGUCGCGCACGGCGCCGCUGGUCUCUGGUCUGCUGGAGCACCUCCGCAGCCUGCCGGCGCCGGCCGGUGGCUCCGUCACCGACCUCGUGUACGCGUGCGCGGCUCGUGACGAUUGUGCCGAGCUGGUGAAGCUGGCGCUGCCCUACCCGGACGUGGCUAACGUGGUAUCCGACCUCCUGCGGGAAAAGGAGCUGAGCACCGAGCAGCUGGCUCGGCUCUCGGAGCAGUUCCUCGGGCUGCUCGGUCUGCCGGCCGCCCCGGCCCGCUUCUGGGCCAACUCUGAGUUCCGCGCCGCCGCCGCCGACUGCUCCAGCUAUGUGGACGCCGACAGGAUGCGUCUGUGCGCCGACACGAACGCGCAGGGCCUGCGCUCGGCGCUGUCCCUGAUGACCUCUGCCGAGUACCUGCGGACGGCCGCCGCCGGCCAGCCGGCGCCCUUCCACACUGCACCGUUCCCCGGGUUCGAGCGCGCCGUGUCCGAGUGCGUCUCUCUGCUGGCGCUGCAGCCCUCCGUGGUGCAGCAGCUGCUGUACGGAUACCGCUCCGACGAGGCCUCCUCCAAGGCCCGUCUGGCUGUGGUGAGCCUGUACCUGGCGCGCGGCGGCCGCUCGGCCGGUCAGGCCGACGCCCGCUGCCAUGGCGACAUCGGAUGCCAGCAGGCCGCCAACGCCGUGAUGGAGGCGGCUGUCACUCAGCUGCUGCCAAUCAGCUACCACGCAGCCUCGCUGCGCUGGCUGGAGGCGCUCGAGGCGGCGCCGGCCACCGACGCUGACGCCACCUGGCGCACCGAGAUGAGCUCUGCUCUCGGAGCGCCGGCCGCCGCCGCCACGCCCUCCCAGCUCGACAAACACUUCUACGACGCCGGACGCCACAUCGCGCGCGUGCUGGCCGGCGUGGCUGGCUUCCAGUUGCAUGCUGCCGCCUGCCCCGAGGGCACGGCCCAGUGUCUGCCGGACGGCGCCGAGGCUGCCGGAGCUCUGAUCAGCCGAGUGAUGGCGGCCGGUAGCUCUCUGCCCUGGGACCGCCUGCUUCAGGAGACCACCGGACGGGCGCCGAGCGCCGAGCCUCUGAUCACCUUCUUCCAGCCGCUGCGCCGUCUGACGGGCGAGCAGCCGCGGCUUCUGCGUACACUGGAACUGGAGGAUGACCAGACGCCGGGUGGCUUUGCGCCGGCGGCCCCCGUGGUGCCCGUCCGGCGGCAGGCACCGACCGCUGCCACCGCCUGUGGCAAUGUGCCGGUCGACCAGAAGACCCCGGAGGAGAAGGCGCUCUGUCUCUGGAACGACGAGUUCGACGUUUUCCGACAGAACGAGACCGAUGCCGAGUGGGAGUUCGGCCUGGACCUGAACGCCACAGAGAACCUGGACAACCUGGUUAAAUAUCAGAAGGCUUUCCUUCAGAGGAGGAACGAGGCCCGGUCGUCGCUGGGUGACAACCCCGACAAGUGGAUCAAUGAUUCGUCGAGUACUGACGAGGCGAAGCUGUGGGGCGAGCUGUUCAUUCUGUCGGAGAAGGAUCUCGGCGCCGCCAACGACGACACGUUGGAGCAGCUGCUGCAGUCGACCGCCGGUCUUCUGAAGGCCUACGUGGGCGUGUCCGUGUGCCCGUUUGACAAACAGAGCUGCGACGACGCCGAAAAGCUGACCAUCUGGGACCUGCAGACGGUGAUGGCCGCCGGAUCGAUGGAGGAGGAGGAGGCGCAGUACUACUGGCGCCAGUACCGGGCCGCAGCCAAGACUGACCUGCACUCCACCUUCUCCGACUAUAUCGCCAGGGGUCGCGACGCUGCCAGCCAGGCCGGUCUGCAGCACUACGGUCAGUUCUGGCUGGAGCCUUACGGCUACGGCUCGACCAACGAGACCCUGCUGGAGGAGCUGGCCGACACGUGGGCCGACCUGGACGAGCUCUACCGCAGCCUGCACACGGUGGUGCGCCACCAGCUGAACCAGGCCGGCCUGAGCUCGGCCACCGGCAAACAGCCGCUGCCGUCGCACCUACUCGGAGACAUGUUCGCUGCUGACUGGAGGAACAUCUACAACGACACCAAGCCGUUCGACAACUAUACUGUGGACAUCACCGACAAACUGGAGGAGCAGUCGUACGACAUUGUGAAAAUCCAGACCGAUGCCGCUGAGUACCUGAAGAAGCUUGGUCUAGUUGAUGACCUGAUGAAUACGGAGUGUUUCGGGGAUUCCAACUGGGUGGAGUGUGAGAAGGGUCAGGACUGUGACGCCCUGGCCUGGACAUCGGGAGUCGACGACUGUAUCAAGAUCCGCGUCACGCCGGAGAUUACCAUGGACAACUACGAACGGGUGCAUGCCAAGAGCGCCGAGCUGGCCUACUACCUCCAGUACCGCAGCCUAGACCCCGAGUACCGUACCGCAGCCAACCCCGCUUUCACCGAGGCCGUGGCCGGGGCCGUGUCGCUCUCAGUCCUCUCGCCCAGUAACCUGGAAUCCAAGAGUCUGCUGCCGGUGCCGAUGGCCCAGGUUGACGGCCUAUAUGACAUCGACUUCCUGUACCGGCGCGCUCUCCAGCACCUGGCGCCGCUUCCGUUCAACUACGUGACCAACAAGUGGCUGUGGGAGCUGUUCGGCAACAGCCUGGACCGCUGGGAGCACCGCUGGUGGGAGCUGAGGGAGGAUAUCCAGGGCGUGCGUCCCUCAGAGAGCCGCAGCGCUGACGACUUGGACAUGCUGGCGGUGCCGGACCUGGCGCGUGACCGACCCGCCUUCCAGCGCUACAUGUCGACGGUGCUGCAGUUCCAGCUGUUCGAAAAGGCCUGCGUCGACGCCGGACAAUUCGAAAUUGAUAAGGCGGAGGAGAAGCCCCUGUACCGAUGCUCUCUGGAUUCCUCCGCCGCCGCCGGCCUGAAGGAUCUGAUGGCGGCUGGAAACACGCAGCGAUGGAAGGCGCUGCUGAAACAGUACACCGUUAACGGCACGCUGUCCUCCAUAUCGAUGGUUCGCUACUUCGCUCCGCUCCACACACAUCUGCAGAGGGUGAUCGAGAGCAACAACCUGGAGACCACGUGGGAGUCCGACCUGGUCGACUACUGGGACGAGGAGGUCGACAACACCGUGCCGAUCGUGGUCGGCGUCGUGCUCGGCGUGCUCGUGCUCAUCGUCGUCAUCGCCUACUUUGUGUCUCGUGUCAGGCGGAACAAGGAGGAGUAGGCGCCGCGGGGCCGGGGGCCGGCCGGCCGUGAGACGCGGCCACCCCAGGGACACGGCGAGGAGUGCUGAUUGGGACCAGAUUGCAGUGAAUGUCGCCGUUGUUUAACUGAUCAGUGUAGAUAGUGUAUGAUGUCCAAUGAGGCUUCUGAUGUUUAUGUGGAUGUGCCGAAACAAACUAUGCUCGUCUAACGUCUUUGAUGUGUUGCUCUCACCAUACUGCACAAAUCUGUCAAUAAACCAUCGAACAGUGAUGUUGAGA